AUGAAGAAGGGCAAGAGGAAGAAGUCAGAAACGAGGCGCCGGGGCUCCACCUCCCAGCACGCCAGCUCCGAAUCCACCCCGCAGCAGCAGAGCUCAGAGUCCAGUUCCCAGCAGCCUGUCUCCGGAUCCAGCCCGCGACCACCCAGCCCCAAGCCCACCUCGCAGCUGCCCAGCUCGGGGUCAGCCCCCCUGAUGCCCAACCCAGCGCCUGCCCCGCCGCCCCCCAGCCCAGGGCCCACCACGCAGCAGCCCAGCUCGGGGUCCACCUCACAGCCCAGCAGCAACUCUACCCCCCCGCAGCCUGCACCCCGAGCCCUCCCAGCUCCAGAAGUCAGCCACAGCCACUCAGCUCGGGACGUCGUGUCUCCAGACCCCAAAUCCAAAGCAUCCUCUCAGUCCAGGAAAGCAGCAGGGCCUCUGAUUCGAGUGGGCCCGCGCGCAUUCUGUUCCUGUUCCCUUUGUCCCGGCAGCUCUGCUUGCUGGCGUCGUCUGGGCCUCUGCCACAGCCGCAUCUUCGAUGUCCUUCUGCCUCGGGCCUGGCCAACCAUGUCAGGGAGAGGAUUCCCAAACCUCCUCACGUUUUACAGAAGACCUCCAAGAAAACAUUCCACUCAUCGUAAUUCGCGUGCUCCGAGCCCUCGGAACUGUUGCUGUGGCUCUGGGAGCCCUAGGAGCUGCCUACUACAUCCUUGA